AUGGAAGCGGAAAUAUCCUUUGGCGGCGAAAUAGACCUCAAACCGAAAUCACAAGAUGCUGGAUCAUUCAAAAUCUGCGUAAGUGCCCGAAGAUCGGACACAUCAAUUAGUCUUCCACCAAAUUUCGUUCUCUCGUACAAUGACUACGAAGGUGUCAUAUCCUCCUACCCUAAUGACUCGAAAAAACUGAAUGAUUGGUUGUACUCAGCAGGGCUCUCCGAACAAUAUGUUGACAUUGCUAACUCUCAACUCACUGAACGAAUCUGUAAGUCGAUUUCUAUGGUAGACUCUUCAGUUUGUGCUACUUUAGUUUACAUGUACUGUAAAGUCAUUGUUCCACCUCGGAUUGACUCGUUUGAUGAGACCACCAAUAAUAUCGAGUUGAUUAGACCGGCAAAUAAGCUUGUGGUUGACCGUUUGGCAAGGAAAGUAUAUAAUAAGAAGAAGAAAUCCAACUCUGACGCGAGCGUGUGCACAAUUUGUUUGGAGGAGUUUGAAAAGGGAGAAAUAGUGGUGACCUUACCAUGUGGCCACGAGUUUGACGAUGGAUGUAUUGGGAAGUGGUUUUUGAAAGACCAUGUUUGUCCAUUGUGCCGUUUCGAGUUGCCUUGUUAA